AGAUUGGAUCUUCGAGGCCACAAGAUACGCAGUCUCAGUGCCGGUGGGUUGAAUCUGUCACCUAAUCUGGAGUUUGUUUAUCUCAGAGACAAUCUCUUGUCCACAUUGGAUGGUAUUGAAGUCUUGAAUCGUGUGAAGGUUCUUGAUUUGAGCUUUAAUGAUUUCAAAGGACCUGGUUUUGAGCCACUUGAUAAUUGCAAAGCACUGCAGCAACUUUAUCUCGCUGGAAAUCAGAUCACAUCCUUAAAGAGUCUCCCCGAGCUUCCUAACUUGGAGUUUCUGUCUGUCGCUCAGAAUAAGUUAAAAUCUCUUUCAAUGGCAAGCCAGCCCCGUUUACAGGUACUCGCAGCCAGCAAAAACAAAAUUUCAACCUUGAAAGGCUUCCCGUACUUACCUGCACUUGAGCAUUUGCGUAUCGAGGAGAAUCCCAUUCUUAAGAUGUCUCAUGUGGAAGCAGCUGCAAUUUUGCUUAUUGGUUCAACCUUAAAGAAAUUUAAUGAUAGAGAUCUAUCCCGUGAGGAGAUAUCAAUUUCCAAACGUUAUCCUUCACAUACUUCCUUGUGCAUUCGAGGCGGUUGGGAUUUAUGCCGUCCAGAACAAGCUGUUGAAUCCACAUUCAAGUUUUUGCUAGAACAAUGGAAAGAACAGCUUCCUUGCGGAUACUUUUUGAAGAAAGCUUCUGUAGAUCGACCGUUUGAAGAAGAUGCUUGCCGUUGCCACUUUGAGUUUGUUAGAGAUGCAGCCGAAGGUAGUGAUUCAGCACUAGACUUGAAAUACCAGUGGUUUAUUGGAGCACGAACUGCUUCAAAUUUUACAGAGAUUCCCGGCGCAUGUGGAGAGAUCUACUUUCCCAAACGUGGUGACAUUGGGAAAAUCUUGAAAGUGGAGUGUACUCCUAUUCUGGGAGAUGCUGAACAUCCCACUAUUUUUGCAAUAUCUCCACCUGUUUCUCCAGGUACUGGAAUCCCUAAGGUCAUAAAGAUUAAUGUAAUUGGUGAGUUGGUGGAAGGAAAUACAAUCAAAGGGUAUGCUGGUGUUGCAUGGUGUGGGGGAACUCCGGGUAAAGGUGUUUCUAGCUGGCUUCGGAAAAAAUGGAAUAGCAGCUCUGUGGUAAUUGCGGGUGCCGAAGAAGAAGAGUAUCAGCUUACAUUAGAUGACAUAGAUUCAUGUUUGGUUUAUAUGUACACCCCUGUAACUGAAGAAGGUUCCAAAGGGGAGCCUCAAUGUGCCAUCACUGAUUAUGUGAAAGCAGCCCCUCCCUCUGUGAGUAAUGUACAAAUCAUUGGAGAUGCCGUUGAAGGGUGUACAGUCAAAGGAAUAGGGGAGUAUUUUGGAGGAAAAGAAGGUCCCAGCACUUUUGAAUGGUUGUAUGAGGAUAAGGAUACUGGAGAAUAUAUUUCGGUGUUGACGGGUACAAAUGAGUAUACAUUGACUAAAGAAGAUGUUGGACGACGGUUGACAUUUGUUUAUGUACCUGUGAACUUUGAGGGGCAGGAAGGGAAAUCUGUAUCAGUGAUGUCGCAGAUGGUUAAGCAGGCUCCACCGAAGGUAACAAAUUUAAAGAUAUUUGGUGAAUUGAAGGAGGGAAGUAAGAUUACCGUAACUGGUAUUGUCACUGGAGGAACUGAAGCUUCUAGCAGAGUUCAGUGGUUCAAAACCUGUUUACCUACUUUUGAAGGUGAAAAUGGUAUUGAAUCAUUAAGUACAUCCAAAAUCGCCAAGGCAUUUCGUAUACCUUUGGGCGCAGUUGGCAAUUAUAUAAUUGCAAAAUUUACACCAAUGACUCCGGAUGGUGAAGCUGGUGACCCAGCGUAUGUAAUUUCUGAAACAGCCAUUGAAACUCUUCCUCCAAGUAUUAACUUUUUGUCCAUAACCGGAGACUACUGUGAAGGUGGAGUAUUGACAGCAUCAUAUGGUUAUAUUGGUGGUCAUGAGGGGAAGAGUAUCUAUCAAUGGUAUUUUCAUGAGGUUGAAACCGAAUCAGGUGCUCUGAUACCCGAGGUUUCAGGUCUUCAAUAUCGGAUCCCAAAGGAUGCCAUUGGUAGAUUUAUAUCUUUUACAUGUACCCCUGUGAGGGAUGAUGGUAUAGUGGGUGAACCCAGAACUUGCAUUGGACAAGAACGUGUUCGUCCAGGAAGCCCGAGAGUGCUCUCUUUACAACUUAUUGGCACCACUGUUGAAGGCACUACCCUAAAUGUUGAAAAGAAAUAUUGGGGUGGUGAAGAGGGAGAGUCGGUUUACCGCUGGUUCCGGACUAGUUCAACUGGUGUUCACAACGAAAUAAAAGGUGCAACUUCUUCAUCGUAUAUGCUAUCUGUUGAUGAUAUAGGCUUCUUCAUAUCAGUUUCAUGUGAGCCAAUACGGAGUGACUGGGCUAGAGGCCCUAUUGUCCUUUCUGAACAAGCUGGACCAAUUGUGGCAGGGCCCCCAGCAUGCCAGUUGCUUGAAUUCCAAGGAUCCCUGGUUGAAGGCUCGCAACUCAGCUUCAUUGCGUCUUAUAGUGGAGGUGUGAAGGGGGACUGCUCAUGUGAGUGGUUCAGAGUGAAGGGAGAUGGUCAUAAAGAGAAACUUCAUGUAGGAGAAUUUCUAGAUUUGACACUUAAUGAAGUGGGAGACCGCGUGGAAAUUGUUUACACACCUGUCCGUGAUGAUGGCUUAAAGGGAUCUCCUAAAACAAUUGUUUCUUGUCCCAUUGCUCCUGGGGAACCAUUAGGGGUUGAAUUGGUAAUCCCCAAUUGUUGUGAGGGCCAGGAAGUGGUUCCUGAAACAAGAUACUUUGGAGGACAAGAAGGACUCGGGAAGUACAUUUGGUUCAGAACAAAGGAUAAGCUCGAUGAAUCUUCCCUGAAGGAACUCCCGAAUAUCGAAAAUGUCGAUAUAUGCGGGGAGACAUUAGCGUACACUCCAUCUCUUGAGGAUGUGGGAUCUUAUCUAGUAUUGUAUUGGCUGCCAACACGGUCGGAUGGCGAAUGUGGCACACCUUUGGUAUCAAUUUGUAAUUCUCCAGUUGUUCCAGCCCUUCCAAUAGUGAAAAAUGUUCGUAUGCAAAAGUUAUCUUCAACCACUUACCUUGGAGAAGGAGAAUAUUUUGGUGGGUAUGAAGGAGCAAGCUCUUUCAGCUGGUAUAGAGAAUACGAUGAUGGAACAGUUCUUAUCGGUGGAGCUAUUUCCAAAACUUAUGAGGUCUCGGAGGAAGAUUAUAAUAGCAGAUUGUUGUUUGGAUUUACACCCGUUCGUUCAGAUUCAGUCAUUGGAGAACUAGUAUUAUCUGAGCCAAGUGAUGUAGUUUUGCCAGAGGUACCAAGAAUUGAAAUGCUAGCUCUUACUGGGAAAGCUGUUGAAGGCGAAGUAUUGACUGCUGUAGAAGUUAUCCCAAAGAGUGAACAUCAGCAGCUUGUUUGGGGGAAGUACAAGAAAGAAGUGAGCUACCAAUGGUUUUCCUCAUCUGAUACUGGGCCAGAAAAUUCAUUUGGACCAUUCCCAUCGCAGAGGUCCUGCUCAUUUAAAGUGCGAUUUGAGGACAUUGGUCGCUGCCUCAAGUGUGAAUGCAUAGUCACUGAUGUGUUUGGAAGAUCAAGUGAGCUGGCAUAUGCUGAAACUGCUGCAGUUUUACCAGGAGUUCCGAGAAUGGACAAGCUGGAAAUCGAGGGUCGAGGUUUCCACACAAACUUAUAUGCUGUGCGUGGCAAUUAUAGUGGGGGGAAGGAAGGAAAAAGCCGAAUUCAGUGGCUUAGAUCUAUGGUUGGAAGUCCUGACCUCAUCUCUAUCCCUGGCGAGACAGGAAGGAUGUAUGAGGCUAAUGUCGAUGAUGUAGGCUACAGGCUUGUUGCUAUUUAUACUCCUGUAAGAGAUGAUGGAGUUGAGGGACAGCCCGUUUCUGCAUCUACGGAUCCUAUUUCAGUUGAACCCGAUGUUCUUAAGGAAGUGAAGCAGAAGUUAGAUCUCGGGUCCGUGAAAUUUGAGGUUCUCUGUGACAAGGACCGAUCUCCUAAAAGGGUACCUGGAAUGGGAAGUCUCGAGAGAAGAAUCUUGGAAGUGAACAGAAAACGAGUCAAAGUUGUAAAACCUGGCUCGAAAACUUCAUUCUCAACAACUGAAAUUCGCGGAAGUUAUGCUCCUCCUUUCCAUGUUGAGCUAUUCAGAAACGAUCAACAUCGUCUUAGAAUCGUUGUGGACAGUGAGAAUGAAGUUGAUUUGAUGGUGCAGACUCGACACCUUCGUGACGUCAUUGUGCUCGUGAUUAGAGGUCUUGCCCAGAGAUUCAACAGCACAUCUUUGAAUACUCUUCUCAAGAUAGAGGCAUAA